AUGCACUUCGCUACGCUCCUCGCCACAGUCUCCCUCCUUGGCCUCGUCGCCGCUCACCCAGAGCCGAAGCUCAGCCUUGAGCAGAUGGCGAAGCGGGAGAUCGAGUCUCGCGCCCGCAGCGUUAAGGCGCGCACCUGCGCCCCUCAGAUCCGCGCCUUCGAGGACCGCCGCCGUGCUAAGCGCGGUACGCCGACGAAGCGGGAGAAGCGAGAGAAGCGCCAGACGUCGUCGACGAGCGCGAGUGGCCCGCAGGUGACGGGUAUCCCGGAUGACGCGAUCUGCGUGACGGCGCCGGAGGUGACGGAGGGCCCGUACUACAUCAACGACGAGUACGUGCGCCAGGAUAUCCGCGAGACGCAGGAAGGCGUCAACGUUCUUCUCGACGUCGGUAUCCUUGACACCGAGACUUGUGAGCCAGUCAGCGACGCCUUUGUUGAGAUCUGGCAUGCCAACUCGACGGGUGUCUAUGGCGGAUACAGCGGCGCGGAGAAUGCGAUCAACACCGAGACCUUCUUGCGUGGCGGGUACUUCACGAACGACGAGGGCAUUGUUGAGUUGACGACGUUCAAUGCUGACCAUGCUUUAGGGUACUACCAAGGGCGCACGGCGCACAUUCACACUCUCCAGUCGUCUUCGGGCUCCCUCCUCCACAUCGGUCAGUUUUACUUCGACGAGGACCUGAACGACGCCGUCUUCGCCACUGCGCCAUACACGGACGACACGAACCGCCGCACGCUCAAUGAAAACGACGGGAUCCUGCAGGGCGCCAUCCGCCAGGGCGAUGACCCGUACAUUGACGUCGAGUACCUUGGUGAGGAUCUCUCGAGCGGACUCCUCGGGUAUAUCACCCUCGGCGUGGAUACCUCCGCUUCGUACUCGAUCCACAACACGAACGCUCUCGGGCAGGACGAGUAAAGGCUCUCGCUGAUCGUCAGGAAGGCGUGCUCGAGCUGUGUCCAUCGCGCCGGGCGCGGUGGGGGCAACUCUGUGUCGC